AUGGAAGUCGAAAACGGUGAUCGGAAAAAGAAGGUACAAAGUACCGUGCUGAAAAAACUCGAGAGAUUUCUAUCGUUCGAUAGGCAAAAGAAACCUUCAUCAUCAUCCAAUAGCAUUAGCAGGUUAACCAAGAGCAGAUCAUGGCACAGCAGCACCACCACUAGAAACAAGACGAAAGAGAAGGCUCCGAUCGGGUGCUUCUCGGUCUACGUGGGCCCCGAAAACCAGCGGUUUGUGAUCAAGGCUGAAUGUGCGAAUCACCCUCUAUUCCGGAGGCUGCUUGAGGAUGCCGAAUCGGAAUACGGGCUCAAAGUUGAAGGGCCUUUGCAUAUUCCUUGCGAAGUCGAUCUUUUCUGCAGGAUAUUGGCAGAAAUGGAUAGUAAUACUGGUGAUCAAGAAUUGGAUACUGUUGGUUUCGGGUGCAGCUCGUUCGGCCCGGCCCGAUGGUCCGGUAAACGCGGCACUGGUUACGGCCUUCUCACUCCGCCGCACUUGCUCAAGAUAAACCACUUUUAA